CUGAACCGUCUUGGUUGUCUGAUUAGGCUAUUUCGAUUGACGGGCGCAUCAGAUAGUCGAAAAGCCGGGAAGCUGGAGGACGCUCCAGGUUCCGUUUGUUGGGAGGUUGGAUCAGAGAUGGUCCUCCUCCCGUCUGAGUCUGAUUUUCGUAGGGACCAGCCGGGGAGCCGUUCCGUUAGGGCACUGUGGUAUCACCCACAAGGGCGUCCUUGUCUGAUUGCUUGUUUGGUUCUUUUUGUCUCUGUUCUUGUUGCCUCUCUGACUUUUCUGACGGACGAUUUCAUUAUGGGACAGACGGUGGCUACACCCUUAUCUCUCACCCUUGACCACUUCUCAGAAGUGAAAUAUAGGGCACAUAAUCUCUCAGUGGAAGUUAGAAAAGCAAAGUGGCAAGCCUUUUGCUCCUCGGAAUGGCCUGCUUUUCAGGUUGGAUGGCCACCGGAGGGCACCUUUCACCUUGACACGAUUCUUGCUGUUAAGACUAAGACUCUCCAAGCGGAGGGGGGCCAUCCUGAUCAGGUACCUUAUGUCCUAACCUGGGAGGAUAUUGUUCGCCAUCCACCCCCCUAGGUGCAACCCUUUGUUCUCCCCACAGAGACUCAGUCGACAACUGUUUGUGCCGUUAAGGAAGAGGAGAAAAAGAAAGUGCUCACUUCUCCAGAAGCAGACCUCCUCCUUCUUGACCUUCCGCCCCCUUAUCCGCCAGCCAUGGCCCCUACCCCUGCCAGUUCCCUGGCUGGUUCUCCUGCCAGACCUCCGACCACACCGCCAGAGGUUCCGCUGCACUCACCAGCUGACCCUGCUCAGAAUGAAAGGGGCCCAGCAGCUGGAACAUGAAGCUACAGAGCAACCCAGCUGGACUCGGUGGCUCUCCCGUUGAGAGCCUAUGGAUUUCCAGAGGGGGAUGGGCAAUACCCCCUUCAGUAAUGGCCUUUUUCCACAGCUGAUCUCUACAAUUGGAAGGCUCACAAUCCCCCUUUUUCUGAGAACCCCCAAGCCUUGACUUACUUGUUUGAAUCUGUCCUUUUCUCUCACCAGCCCACUUGGGAUGAUUGCCAACAGCUUUUACAGACACUCCUGACUACUGAGGAAAGGGGACGAGUUCUUUUAGAAGCAAGGAAGAAUGUCCCGGGGGCAGAUGGGAGGCCUACAGUUCUCCCCGACGAGAUUAAUAAUGGGUUUCCUCUCUCUCGUCCUGAUUGGGAUUACAAUACACCAGAGGGUAGGCAGCACUUGAAGGUUUACCUCCAGACUCUAAUGGCGGGUCUCCGUGGGGCUGCUCGAAGACCCACCAACUUGACUAGAGUAAGAGAAGUGGUCCAGGGGCCGGAGGAAUCUCCUGCAGCCUACUUAGAACGGCUGAUGGAUGCAUUCCGCCGGUUUACUCCCUAUGACCCUGCUUCAGAUAAACACAGGGCAACAGUAGCUGUAUCUUUCAUAGAUCAGUCAGCUAGGGAUAUUCGUAGGAAACUUCAGAAAUUAGAAGGUCUGCAGGAUAAGUCAUUGAAGGAUUUAGUGCAAGUAGCAGAAAAAGUCUUCUAUAGUCGAGAAACAGAAGAAGAAAAAGAAGAAAGGAAACAUAAAGAACAGGAGAUAAGAGAGAGAGAGAGAGAGAGAGACAAGAGGCAGGAUAAAAAAAUGACUAAGAUUCUGGCCACCGUAGUUCAGGAAAGUCGUACUGAAAGGGAGAGAGUUCCUGGCAACCGUAAGGGCCCUUUGUCUAAGGACCAGUGUGCCUACUGCAAGGAGACGAGACACUGGAGGAGGGAUUGCCCCAAAAGGAAGAAGAAGCAGCUGAAUUCUCGAGCCACAGGGACCAGGGUCCUGACCUUAAACAAUGACAGCGAUUAGGGAGGACAGGGUUCGGUUCCCCUCCCCGAACCCAGGGUAACCCUCAAGGUGGAGGGGAAGCCAGUCCAUUUUCUAGUGGAUACUGGCGCUCAGCAUUCAGUUCUGUUGCAAGACUCAGGGGCUAAGAAAAAAAAAUCAUGGGUUCAAGGGGCCACUGGAUGUAAGCAAUAUACAUGGACUACCCGAAAAACAGUGGACCUUGGAGUGGGCCGGGUAUCCCACUCGUUCUUAGUCAUGCCUGACUGCCCAUACCCAUUGCUGGGACGGGAUAUCCUGACCAAAAUAGGAGCCCACAUCUAUUUUAACCCAGAAGGCCCACAGGUUACAGAUAAAAGAGGGGAUCCUAUUCACGUGCUUACAAUUCACUUGGAAGAUGAAUACCGGCUAUUUGAAAAUUUAAAAGAGGGGAAAAAAGACAUUGACUGGUGGGUAAAAAAAUACCCUGAGGCCUGGGCUGAAACAGCUGGCUUAAGGAAAGCAAGAAAGCAACCACCAGUCCAGAUAGAGCUAAAACCUCAGGCAGCCCCAGUUGCAGUGCAGCAGUAUCCAAUGUCUAAGGAAGCCCAUGAUGGGAUUCGCCCUCAUAUACAGCGACUCCUUGACCUAGGGGUUUUAAAAAGGUGUCAAUCUGCUUGGAAUACUCCAUUACUGCCGGUCCGGAAGCCUGGGAGCAACGAUUAUCGGCCUGUGCAAGACCUGAGGGAAGUUAACAAACAGGUUAUGGACUUACAUCCAACAGUCCCCAACCCGUAUAACCUGCUGAGCUCCCUUCCCCCUGACAGAGCCUGGUAUACUGUUCUAGACCUUAAAGAUGCAUUAUUUUGUCUUCAACUUAGCCCUGCCAGCCAAGACAUUUUUGCUUUUGAAUGGAAAGAUCCUGACUCCGGGGUCUCGGGCCAACUAACAUGGACUCGACUUCCCCAAGGAUUUAAGAAUUCUCCUACCAUAUUUGAUGAAGCCCUGCACCGAGACCUGGCACACUUCCGGGCCACAAAUACUCAGGUAACUCUUCUCCAGUACGUGGAUGACAUCUUACUAGCUGCAGAUUGUCAGAAAACCUGUCUCAAAGCCACUGGCCAACUGUUACAAGAAUUGGGCGAACUCGGCUAUAGAGCAUCAGCAAAGAAGGCCCAGAUAUGCCGGAAACAGGUCAGUUACCUGGGGUAUAUACUGAAGGAAGGAAAAAGAUGGUUAUCGGAGGCUAGAAAAGAGACUGUGUUUCAUAUUCCCCCUCCGCAAACUACAAAACAACUGAGGGAAUUUCUUGGUACAGCGGGGUUUUGCCGAUUAUGGAUUCCUGGGUUCGCUGAAAUGGCAGCCCCUCUGUAUGCCCUUACAAAGGGCAAUGACUCUUUUUCCUGGGGAAAAGAUGAACAGGCUGCAUUUAAUAAUAUUAAACAGGCUUUAAUGUCGGCUCCAGCCUUGGGACUUCCUGAUGUCACUAAACCUUUUCAUCUCUAUGUGGCCGAGAACCAGGGAAUGGCUAAAGGGGUGUUAACUCAAAAGAUUGGACCCUGGAAGAGACCGGUAGCUUAUCUAUCUAAAAAGCUUGAUCCAGUAGCAGCAGGAUGGCCGACCUGCCUUCGGAUAAUAGCAGCAGUCGCCGCAUUGGUAAAGGAUGCUGACAAGCUGACCUUGGGACAAGAUCUUACUGUUUAUGCCCCUCAUGCCCUUGAGAGUGUUGUCAGACAGCCACCUGAUCGCUGGCUCACAAAUGCACGCAUGACUCAUUAUCAAACUUUGCUUUUGAAUAAUGACAGGAUUACUUUUGCCCCAGCAACGGGGCUAAACCCUGCCACCCUGUUACCAGAUCCAGGGAUUCAGCCCCCAGAGCAUGAUUGCUUGCAGGUGUUGGCAGAAGAACAGGGAUGGCAAAAGGACUUAAAGGACCAGCCUCUGCCAGAUGCUGAGGUGACAUAUUACACAGAUGGGAGUAGCUUUUUAAAAAAUAAAAAAAGAAAAGCAGGAGCAGCGGUGGUGGAUGGAUACAAGGUAAUAUGGGCCCAAGCGCUGCCUGAAGGCACCUCUGCUCAACGAGCAGAACUAAUUGCCUUAACUCAAGCAUUAACUUUGGGGAAAGACAAAAAGAUAAACUUCUACACUGACAGCAGGUAUGCCUUUGCUACGGCCCAUGUGCACGGGGCCAUCUACCAGCAGAGAGGCCUAUUGACGUCAGCCGGUAAAGAAAUUAAAAAUAAAAAUAAAAUCUUGGCCUUGCUCAAUGCCUUACUACUGCCCACCAAGGUAAGCAUAAUUCACUGCCUGGGACAUCAAAAGGGAAAUUCCAAGGCAGCAAAGGGAAAUAACAUGGCUGAUCAGGAGGCUAAAGCAGCUGCUAGAGGAAGUCCUGCUCCAAUGAUAUUAAUUACUAAAUUGCCAGAGAAGGAACAGCUAAAAUACUCGGAGGAUGACCUGGAGCAAAUACAGAGAAAACAAGGGACAUUUGAUGCUAAUGUGGGAGCAUGGAUUGACUCCAAAGGUAAGGUCAUUUUGCCACAGGAAGAUGCUAAGAGACUAAUAGCACAAAUGCAUCAAUGGACUCAUUUAGGGGCAAGAAAAUUGACUGAAAUUGUUCUCCAAUCUCCUUACCGAAUACUAAACCUCACUGCUCUAACCGAAAAAGUGACUCAGACAUGUAUCCCUUGCCAAAAGGUAAACAUAGGGAAGAAUUUCCAAAGCUCGGGAAAACGGUUAAGGGGAACUAGACCUGGAAUGCAUUGGGAAGUGGACUUUACCGAGAUCAAGCCGGCCAGGUAUGGAAAUAAAUAUCUUCUAGUCUUUGUAGAUACCUUCUCAGGAUGGGUGGAAGCUUUUCCCACCAAGAAAGAGACUGCUCUGGUUGUAGCCAAGAAGAUUUUAGAAGACAUUUUUCCCCAGUUUGGAGUUCCAAAGGUAAUCGGGUCAGACAAUGGGCCGGCCUUCGUUGCUCAGGUAAGUCAGGAGGUGGCCAGAUUUUUGGGGACUAAUUGGAAAUUACAUUGUGCAUAUAGACCCCAAAGUUCAGGACAGGUAGAAAGAAUGAAUAGAACUCUAAACGAGACCCUUACUAAAUUGACCAUGGAGACUGGCGGUGACUGGGUGGUACUCCUCCCUCUGGCUCUUUUUAGUUCCUUGUUGAAUCUCACGCCUUUUGAACUAUUGUAUGGAGUUCCUGCUCCCUUGACUCUCCUGGGAGACCCUCUUGACAUAACUAGUGGUAACUCUGACUUGUUGUCCAGGUUAAAGGGACUGCAGCUUAUUCAAAAAGAAAUCUAAAACAAGGUUGGCAGUGCAUAUGCGCCAGGAUCCUUAGAGGUGCCACAUCAGUUCCAAGUUGGAGACUUGGUUUAUGUUCGGCGACACCGUAGUCAAAAUUUGGAACCCCGGUGGAAAGGUCCUUACUGCAUUCUGCUCACCACCCCAACAGCUGUGAAGGUAGAAGGCAUUGCUGCUUGGAUCCACGCAUCACACGUCAAACCCGCUCCAGAGGACUCCACUUCUGACUGGAAAAUCCAGCCCAGUGACAAUCCCUUAAAACUUAAACUUGUUAAGAAUGUUAGCCGUGGGUGAUAUCCACAAACUGCUGGUGCUUUUGGCUCUGUUAAGCACUUACAAUACUUGCUUGGGCUCCAGUCCUCACCAGCCCAAACUUUUGACUUGGGAAGUAACUAAUCAGAGACAUAUUAUAAUUUGGUCUGUUUCAAAGAUAGCCCCACCCUUCACAUGGUGGCCGGACUUGUACCCUGACCUUUGUAAAAUGGCUCUAGGAGCACCUGCUAACUGGGAUUUGCAAAGCCACCUAGACCCCAACGUGGUUCCUGGGGACCAUAGACGUGGGUCUUUUAGUGAGAGAAGGGGCUUAGAUCCCUGGGGGGGCUGCGGGACCACCAACCACCGCAGUAUGCUGCGAGUCCUAACCUUUUAUGUAUGUCCAGGACCUCACCAGCAACCUAAAAUGGUAAACAAAUGUGGGGGGAAAAAUGACUUCUACUGCAAGAAUUGGGGGUGUGAAACCACUGGCGAUACUUACUGGAAGCCUACCUCCAGUUGGGAUUACAUUGUUGUUAAAGCUAAUUACAGUCAUACCCAGCCCCCAGACUGGGGACCAAACAAUAGGUGGACUAAUCAGCCAAUAUGUACCACCUGGUGCCACCCCCUGCUAAUCCGGUUCACAGACGCUGGAAAACAGAUUUCAACUAACUGGGUGACGGGGUUCACUUGGGGCCUACAAAUAUAUAAGGAAAGAUAUGAUGAUGGGUUACUUUUCACCAUCAAAUUAAAAAUAACAGCCCCAUCUGCUGAAGUAGGGCCAAAUAAAGCUGGCCCUCACCUGGUUCCUCCAGUGAAAGUGGACCCCCAGACUAUAGCCCCACGUCCAACAACCCCCUCACUGACUCCUAACUCAAAAAUGAAUAAAGAUUCUUCUUCCCCUAAGCCUCCUGGACCAUACAUUACUUCCCUAGCACAGGGGGCCUUUCAGGCCCUAAAUAAUACCAACCCCAAGGUUACUGAGUCUUGUUGGUUAUGCUUUGGAAUUGCUCCCCCAUAUUAUGAAGGAAUUGCCUUUACAGAUGAGAUAAGUACCUCCCAAGAGGCAACAGCCUGCCGUUGGACGCAAAGGGAGGUUAGACUUUCCCUGUCUGCCGUUUCAGGGCAAGGACUCUGUGUAGGUAAAGUUCCCCCCAGUCAUCAGUUUUUAUGCAACCAAACCUAUGAUGUUGCAGGUCUGUCUGGGUACCUCAUACCACCAAUCGAUGGAUGGUGGGCCUGUGCAACAGGGAUCACUACUUGUGUCAGUACUCAGGUGCUUGUCAAUUCAUCUGACUACUGUGUCCUGGUCCAGGUAAUCCCCCGAGUCACCUAUCACCCGUAUGAAAAGCCCUUCCAAUACUGGGACUCUGUGGGGGAACCGCUGAUACGAACAAAAUGAGACCUGGGAAUUUCCUUAGCCAUAAUGCUUGGGGUCGGGCUAGGAGCAGUAGGGACAGCAGCUGGAGGGUCGGCUAUAGCCCUCCGACAUAGCAGGUUAAAUGAGCUUAGGGCAGCUGUUGAUGAGGACAUAAAAAGAUUAAAAAGCACAAUUAGAGAGCUCAAAGAUUCCUUACAGUCAUUAUCAGAGAUGGUGUUACAAAACAGAAGGGGCUUAGAUUUAUUGUUUUUGCAACAAGGAGGUUUAUGCGCGGCCCUAAAAGAAAAAUGCUGUUUCUAUAUCAACCAUACUGGAGUUGUCACUGAGACCCUAGAUAAGGUCAAAGGGGGCUUAAAAAAGAAAAAGUGAGAACGAGCCCAAAGCCUAGGAUGGUUUGAAGGAUGGUUUAAUUCCUCUCCAUGGAUGACCACUUUAAUCUCCACCUUGCUAGGCCCUUUGCUAAUUCUUCUCCUGAUUGUAACUCUUGGCCCCUGCAUUCUUAAUAAGCUAGUCAAUUUUGUGAGAGAAUGGAUCAGUACUGUUCAGGUCCUUAUGCUUCGACAGCAGUAUCAGCAAUUAGAGAUGCAAGCUAAAUCUAGCCUGUAAUUUUAGGGUUAAAAUUAUGCCAAAGAAAAAGGGGGGAAUGAAAAAUGGGACCAUCCCAAAUUAGAAAGAAAAACAACUGGACCUUGAAUAAGGGCCAGCUAAAAAGAAAGAGCAAGUCAGGCAAUUUAGGGGAGGACUGUCCUUGAAGCUGUAAGCGGCCUGCUACAGAACCUAGAGAUGGGAGAAGAGGGGAGGACUGUCCUUGGAGCUAUGAGUUCCCCACUACAGCUGCCAACCGCAUAACUGCUAUCUUUUCUGCUAACUAAUCAAUGUAAAGGCCUGAAAUAAAAACUCUGUGCUUUGUAUGUUCGGGGUCGUCUCCUGCUUUGAAGGGACGACCCCCAUCGCGAUCGGAAUAAACUGCCUCUUGCUUUUGCAUUGAA